AUGCCUCUCCUUCUCCGUGUAGGCCUAAGAGGAAAUCGAUUGAUUCAUAUUUCGGCUGUUUCUCGUAAGUUUAAUGUGAAGAAUAUUAUACUUUAAAGGCCGAGGACCUCUCGUUCAUCCUGGAUGGUACCCCAGAGAUCAUAGACCCAGGCCAUACCCAGAAAACGAAGAAGAGCGUCGGGCUUCAGCCAUAAAAUAUGGAUUGAGACCCGAGGAUUACAAGUAAGUUCAGAUAAUACAGAAUAAAAUGUUUGUGAAAAGGCCUUAUGAUCGAAAUGACGUGACCCAUUCUUGUGGAGACUAUCCAGACCUGGGAUUAGUCACUUUUGAUAACAAGGAUAUCUACGAGAAUUAUUCUGAUGGUUUGAAUAAUCGGAACUGGGGAGAACCUGUAAGCUUUUAUAAUCUGGAAAUCCUAUGUUUAGGUAAUCUUUGACUUCAUGAAACACCGUGCUGAUCGUAACUCUUAUAACGGUCUUGACGUUGAGGACUUUACCCUGUAAGUUUGUAUAAAUUAUAAUACUUUCUUUUUCGGGCUAUGCGGUAUUACUCUAUUAUUUUAGGUAUCGCGGAAUCUUGAUGACACUUUAUGUAGUGAUUCCUAUGGGACUUCUGUGGUGGUUUAUGGGAGAUCCAGAUCCGGCUCGUUUUCGAUGGAAAAAUCCAUUGGUAACCGCAUAAAUUUCUCUUUUUAUUUCUUUAGAUGCCAAAACAAUAUGCUUGGGAUUACUUCCCCACCUUCCCUUACGGCGAUCCAACUUCGAUUCCCAUCAAGAAUUAUACUUUUGAGCCAGCUGAGUGA